AAAUAAAAAAUAGUACAGGAAAAAAGAACAAGAUUACUAUCACUAAUGAAUGACUGUUUGACCUAAUGAAGGGUCGUUUGAGCAAGGAGGACGUUGAGCAUAUGGUCCAGGAAGAUGAGCAGUACAAAGCUAAAGAUGAGAAGCAGAGGGUCAAGAAUUCACUUGAAUCCAAUGCAUUCAACAGGAAAGCCACCGUUGAAGAUGAGAAAAUUCAAGGCAAGAUUAAUGGUGAGGACAAACAGAAGAUUCUUGACAACUGUAAUGAAAUUAUCAACUGGCUCCAUAAGAAUCAGAUGGCAGAGAAGGAAGAAAUUGAACAUCAGCAGAAAGAGCUGGAGAAAGACUGCAACCCCAUCAUUACCAAGCUGGAUCCAAGUGCUGGAGGACCGCCAGGAGGCUCACCUGGGGGAGUCCCUGGUAAUGGAGCUCCUCCCUCUAGUGGUACUUCCUCAGGGACAACCAUUUAAGAGGUUGAUUAAGCCAACCCCAAUAUAAAGAUCACAUGAUUCCACAUAGCUAAAACACUGAAGAACCCAAAUUUGUAACAAAUUCUGUGGCAGUUUUAAUGCUGAGCUGCUAGGGGCCGGGCGUAGUA